GAUGACGGAGAGAGCGGAGAACCGGGCAGCGCAGCGGCGGAGCAGCUAAGCUAAGCUAGGCUAAGGCUAAGCUACGGCUAAGCUAGCCAACACCGACGGAUUCCUCUUCACGGAGCCUCUACAUGCUGUGAUUUCACCGGCUUCACCACCGGCGCCGUCCGCUCUUCAUGUCCAGUAGAGACAGAGACGGAUGGUGAGGAUAGAGAAUGUGGAGAUCUCGACUUUUCUUUACACACACUGAAAGCUGCCCAUUUAUGGCGUUUGUGAGUGGAGACUUCUGCCAGGCACAGCACCUGGUCAUCGUGGACAAGUGAAAAGAUGAAUCGUCCUGCUCCUGUCGAAAUCACCUACGAGUGCAUGAGGUUUCUCAUCACCCACAACCCCACCAAUUCACAGCUGGCCAAGUUUACUGAGGAGCUGAAAGCUUUUGGGGUGCAGACACUGGUUAGGGUUUGUGAGGCCACCUACGACAAGGCGCCCGUGGAGAAGGAGGGCAUUGAAGUUUUGGAUUGGCCUUUUGAUGAUGGUUCUUCACCCCCUGACCAAAUUGUGGAUGACUGGCUGAACCUGCUGAAAUGUAAAUUUAAAGAUGAGCCAGGUUGUUGCAUUGCAGUACACUGUGUUGCAGGACUGGGACGGGCUCCUGUGUUGGUGGCCAUAGCCUUAAUUGAGUGUGGGAUGAUGUAUGAAGAUGCUGUUCAGUUUAUUCGACAAAAGAGGCGUGGAGCCUUCAACUCCAAACAGCUGAUGUACCUUGAAAAGUACAAACCCAAGAUGCGCCUGCGCUUCAAGGAUGCCAAUGGCCAAAACUGCUGCGUCCACCGGUCCGUCAUCAAGGUUACAUGAGCACAGAUCCCAAACAGCAGCAGCAGCUGUCUCUGUAGUGGUACGUACUCACCUGUGGUAGAGAUGGAACAUUCCAGUUCAGCGUUUAUCGAGCAGUCAGAGUAAUUCAGUUCAGUACUAUCCCAUUUGAAGACACCUCUGGAUGACUGAUAAGUGGUCAAGUUGAAAUAAAGAUGUACAUCAUUAA